AAGGCUCAAUCUGAAAUGGCCACCGCACUGUGGAACAACAUGUUGGAGCCAGUGGGCAGGAAGCAGGUCUACACCAACCUGACGUAUGACCGCACCAAGGUCCACUGCCCCACACAGGCCCAGCCGUUCAUCUACACCCACCGGAACAGCCAACUCAGCCCUGCCCCAGCCACGACAACUGCCCCAGCCCCGACAACGACCGCUACGCUGUCCACCACUGCUCCUCCAGUGCCCUCAUGCCCAGACUCUGUGCCUGUGUGGGUACCAGUGGUCCUGGCCAUCAGCGGCCUUCUGAUUGGCUGGGCAGUCACCUGGAUGGUGUUCUCACGGCAACGGAAACGGAUGCUGAAGAGCAUGAAGAAAGAUGGAAAGGACACGAAAGAGACAGGGCUGUAACGUUCAGUCCAACAACAACCGCCUAACUGUCCUGAUAUCAUCUGCACUGGAUGUGCAGAGCUGGGGAUGAUGCUGUAAAAAAGGAUGAUUUAUCAACAACUCGUGUCAGUUAUGGGACACAUCAAACCCUUCCACAAACACAGUAGCCUAGUAUGCAACAGUCACAACAGCCUAGUAUGCAGUGUUAGUGCCAUCAGCACAAGGAAAUGGAAUUCAACAUUUUCGCAUGAAACAGCAAAAGGCUCAAUCAAUAUUGUACAUAAAUGCUGAUGGUUGUGGCCUUUUUUGUCAGAGUAGUUGUGAUACAUUUAUUAGCUGUGGUUGGCACACUUUACCCAACAUAAAUCAGCUGUGUGUCAAUUAUUCAAUUGUUUGUUUGUUAUCAGCUGAAAUAUAUUGUUUUUUGAUAUCAUUGCAGAAGCAGAGAUUUUGUAUAUGUGUCUAAG